UCAUUGUCAUGCUUGUGUCAAAAAAGGGGGUGCUACAGAAGAGGUUCAACUUCAAGUAUAGAGAUAAACACAACCAUACAGUAAAUAAAUAUAUAGUGUUCGGUCAAUCUAUCCACACCGCCCGGAUGUGUGUAGUAGAAUGCACUAAAGACAGCAAGGGUAGAAAGAGCAUUCAAGAUCUUGUCCUCCUUUCGAUGCAACACACUGUUUGAGGCAAAAUACCAGCUCUCGUGCAAGACUGAUUCAGCACUUGGCUUGCCAGACAGCACCGGCAACGAUGGAAGGAUUAUAUCGACAAGAACAUAAACAUACACAAAAAUCCGCACUCCCAUCGUUGACCACAAGUAAGGCGGAGUACAACGGCGUAUCACAAACAUUAUUUCCAGCGAUUUAUCUUCGCAUAAAGCGGUCUGGUUAAAUACUUCCUUUAAAAGCCGUGCAUACCGUCUGAAGACCAAGACAAAGGGAUUUCCAGUCACUUUGAAACAAUCGCACGAUGUGUGCCGAGGACAGAAGGUUGCCGAGAUGCGUCGCAAACCCUGCCAUAGCCUGCUAACAAACACGCGACGCAGAGGAAUAGCCGGGAUAAUCACACCAGUGAAAGGAACGCACCUGUGUAGGCUGGUUCGUGACUGAGUUGCGCGGAAUUUUGCUCAAGUGUUAAAUACUAAAUCAACUUCUACAUUAAGUGGACGACGAUUCUUCUAAAUAUGUGCAAUACAACAAAAAAAAGAUUAAAUACGUGAAAUUGUUAGCUAUUUAUACAGUCAUCCAUAUGAACGGGGUGAUGCUGGUGGAAAACCGCAAUUGAUGCGCCAAACCAGUGCAUUGCCGAGAACCCCCCGAUGGUGGUGUCUCGGCGGUGGGAGAGGCUCGGAUCCCGCAGGCCUUUCCUCUCCCUCCCGUUGUGGCUGCAGUCUAGAAUGUUGCGGCAGGUUUUGCGUGAAGGGCUGAGGACGUCUUUCUACAAACUCGGCCACUUUGUAGCCAACCACCCGGUGUUCUUCUUAUCUGCUCCGGUGCUCGUCUCCAUCCUGCUGGGAGCCAGUUUCAGCCGCUAUCGCGUCGAAGAAAACAUGGAGCACCUAUUGGCCCCCAAACACAGUCUGGCCAAAAUAGAGGGCAAACUGGUGGACAGCUUGUUCCCUGUCAACAGAUCCAAACACACUCUUUAUUCAGAUCUCCAGACUCCAGGGAGAUACGGCAGGGUGAUUGUCACCACAGGCCGGGGGAACGUAUUGGACCAGCAUCACGUCGAUCAAAUUCUGGAGCUCCACAGUGCGGUCACUAUGAUGCAGGUGCACGUGCUGGGCUUCAACUACACGUUCGCCCACCUCUGCCUGCUGGACGACAACAGCAGCUGCAUCGUGGACGACAUCCUGCACGUGCUGGAGGAGCUACGGGCGGCGUGGGCCUCCAACCGCACCGCCCCGCCCCUGCGCUAUCCCAUCACCACGCUGCAGGACGGCCGCGAGGCGUACAUCGGGCACCAGCUGGGCGGGGUGCAACAGGGGGGGCGCAAGAGCGUCCGCUCUGCCCGGGCGCUGCAGCUCACCUACCACCUGCAGGCGGCAAGCCCCCUGAACGACAUGGUGGCCACGCGCUGGGAGGCGCAGUUCUGCCGCGCCCUGGAGCGCUAUCAGGCUAGCCACCCCGAGAUCACCCUGUACCCCUUCACCUCCUCCUCCCCACAGCGGGACUUUCAGAAGACCACCAAGGUGUCGGAGUGCCCUCUGCUGGUCAGCCUGUGCCUGUGCGUCUCGCUGGCCGUACUGUGUUGCUCCAUGAGGGACUGCGUACGGACCAAGCCCUGGCUGGGGCUCCUGGCUCUGGUCAGCGUCGGCCUGGCUACCCUCACCUCUGCUGGCAUUAUCAACCUCGCCGGUGGCAAAUACAACUCUACCUUCCUGGGAAUCCCCUUCAUCAUGCUGGGUCAUGGGCUGCUCGGGACUUUUGAGAUGCUGUCAUCAUGGCGACGGACACGGGAGGACCAGCACGUGAAGGAGCGCGUGGCGGCAGUGUUCUCGGACUGCAUGCUCCCGUUCACCGCCAGCACUGCCUUGUACCUGGUCACCUUCGGCAUAGGCGCCAGCCCCUUCACCAACAUCGAGGCUGUGCGCCUCUUCUGCCAGAACACUUGCAUCUCUGUGCUCUUCAACUACCUCUACAUCAUCACCUUCUAUGGCUCCAACCUGGUCUUCACCGGCUACAUGGAGAACAACUACCAGCACAGCCUCUUCUGCAAGAAAGUGCCCAAACCCGAGCUGCUGCUCCAGAAGCCGGCCUGGUACCGAUUCCUCAUGUACACGCAGUUCAACGAAGAGGCAUCUGAGCUGGGGGACCUGCGCACAUACGAGAGUCACCUGCUGGUGGCCUUCAUGAAGCGCUACUACUGCGGGUGGAUCACCAACACCUACGUCAAGCCCUUUGUAGUCCUCUUCUACCUGGUCUAUAUCUCCUUCGCACUGAUGGGCUACCUGCAGGUGAGCGAAGGCUCAGACCUCAGCGGAGUGGUCGCCACGGAGACCAGCACCAUCACCUACACCAAGGCCCAGCAGAAGUACUUCAGCAGCUACAGCCCCGUCAUCGGCUUCUACAUCUACGAGUCCAUCGAGUACUGGAACGCCAGCGUGCAGGAAGACCUGCUGGAGUACACCAAGGGCUUUGAGAGAAUCUCAUGGUUCGAGAGCUACCUGGGCUACCUGCGCAGCCUCAAUGUGAGCACCAGCCUGCCCAAGCGCGACUUCACCGAGCGCCUCCGCUCCGGGUUCCUCAAGCAGCCGCAGUUCCUGCACUUCUCAGACGACAUCAUCUUCGGCCGCCUGGCGGACAGUGAGGUGGACGUGGUGGCCUCCCGCAUGUUCCUGGUGGCCAAGACCACAGAGAACAAGCGCGAGGAGAUGCACGUCCUGCUGGACACCCUGCGCAAGCUCUCGCUUACCUCCCGCAUCAAGUUCAUCAUCUUCAACCCCUCCUUCGUCUACAUGGACCGUUACGCCUCCUCGGUGGGCGCCCCGCUCAAGAACUCCUGCAUCGCCGCCCUAUUCCUCCUCUUCUUCUCCGCCUUCCUGGUGGCCGACUCGCUGGUCAACGUGUGGCUGACGGUGACCGCGGCCUCGGUGGAGUUUGGCGUCAUCGGGUUCAUGACCCUGUGGAGGGUGGAGCUGGACUGCGUCUCGGUGCUGUGCCUGAUCCACAGCGUCAACUACGCCGUGGACUCGUGCGGCCCGCUGCUCUCCACCUUCGCUCUGGGGCGUGAGUGCACCCGCACGCGCUGGGUGAAGCUGGCGCUGGAGCGCCACGGCGUGCCCGUGCUGCAGAGCUGCCUGUGCCACGGCGCCGCCCUGCUGCCCCUGGCCGCCGUGCCCUCCAACCUCACUGGCACCCUGUUCCGGUGCCUCUUUCUCACCGCCUUCAUCACCCUCUUCCACUGCCUGGCCAUUCUGCCUGUACUCCUGACCUUCCUGCCGCCCUCCAAGAAGAAGCGGAAAGAGAAGAAAGGGGUGGAGAGCAGGGACGAGAUCGAGUGCGUGGAGAUGGUGGACAGCACACGAGUGGUUGACCAGAUCACCACAGUCUGAGAGGUGCUUGCGGACUUCACGGACCAGGUCGCCAAAGUCUAACAGAGGCUUGCAGGGUUGGAGACCAGUCACAAGUAGAAUGCAUAUUCUAGAAAAGGAAAUGUGCAUGGGGAAGUUAUGAUGAGAGAAUGGGCUAGCCGCGUAAGCCAGGAAAGUCCUGUUGCUGCAGGUGCAAGAGCAGUGAUGUUAGAUUGACAGUUGUCACCAGUUAUGAAUAGUCUGGAUGAGUGAAAGGUUAUACUUCAAUUGUCAUGAGAAACAAUUGUGAGAGAGAAUGCAACAUCUCCUUUACUCCCUUCAGUCUGAUGAAAGGAUGGUUGAGAGAAUUUUGCUUCUGGGUCAAAUAGACAGGCUAUUACAAAGGGAUAUGCGGGUGAUGGCAUCAAACGGUUCUUCUCUGCAGGAAUCAGAGAUGACAAAGGUUAUCUUGAGUGGAAUGAGGAUGUUUUCAGAUUUAUUUCACUGCCAGUUUUAUCACCUCCCUCUGAUGUAAGAAUAGAUUUUGUUUCUGGUAACUUCCCCAAAUCUCCAAUCUUUCCUUUAUUUAUGUUUCAGAUGUGUGUCUCGUGCAUGACUCAUGUAACAUUUCAAAACAGAGCAAGAAAAUGACAAUAGCCAUUUUGCCAGCCUCCCACUCCCUUUGAUUCUCACAUACACGGCUUCUGUCAGUUCUCAUCUCUCUAUUCAAUAUGUUUCUAUCCACUCACCCUUUCUGUCUUUCUCACUGCCGUCACACACAUACAGGGCCACCGGGUAAAAUUCCCAAGCCUACACGUUCGUACACAUUGGGCCCCCCCCUCCUCUAGGGCUCAGGACAACGUACCUGGUUAUACCCCCCUAAACAGUGGCCCUACACACACACACACACACACACUCACACACGCUAUGGGUAUUGUGACUAUUUCCUUCCUACUCCCUGUAGGGGAGGGGGGGUUGGGCGGGAAUCUAAAAGAUGUGACUGAGAACGUAUUAAAUUACAUAUUUUAUUAAAUGAAUGUAAUGUGAUUCUUAUGCAGCAUUGUGAUUAUCUUCUUUUUUUUUUUCUUUGGUAAGAGUCAUAUUUUUAUGCAUUGGUAUAUUGAAUGACUGUUCACCUAAUUCUUAGGAAUAUUUAUUGAUCAACAUGGAAUCUAUGAAAGGUAACUGAAUCAGUAAAUUAUUUUUCACUAUCAUGCA